CCACCCCUUCCCUCUCAGGACUCUCUGAAUACAUACAUCUCUUAAUAAGCAUCUUCUCCGAUCCCUCUCCGGCCUAGUAAUUAAAGCUGGCCGGUUUUCUUUACUUUCACGGUAGCAUACAACAAUGGCGGCUUUCUUAAAUAUCACCAAAAUGUUUUUUAUUAAGAAUGAGAGGGAUGAGGAGAAGGCAUCCCGAGAAGAGUGCACCCUCGAUGGAACCGUUGAUCAUUACGGCCGCCCUGCACUCCGAUCUGCAACUGGAGGCUGGUUUGCCGGUGUACUUUUACUUGUGAAUCAAGGUUUAGCGACACUGGCAUUCUUCGGGGUAGGAGUGAAUCUAGUGUUGUUUCUGACAAGAGUGAUGGGGCAAGACAAUGCUGACGCAGCCAAUAACGUCAGCAAAUGGACAGGGACUGUUUAUCUCUUCUCCCUCCUCGGAGCUUUCCUCAGUGAUUCCUAUUGGGGAAGAUACAAAACUUGUGCUAUCUUCCAACUCAUUUAUGUUGUCGGAUUAAUAUCAGUGUCAAUAUUUUCAUUCAUUUUCUUAGUGAAGCCAAAGGGGUGUGGGGACGAAAACACCCCUUGCAGGUCCCCCUCUCGGAUCCAUAUCGCAGUGUAUUAUGUAUCGAUUUACCUGGUUGCCCUCGGGAACGGUGGCUACCAACCCAACAUAGCAACAUUCGGGUCCGACCAGUUCGACGGAGACCACGCCCAUGAAAGUGUGUCGAAGGUGGCUUUCUUUAGCUACUUCUACUUGGCAUUGAAUCUCGGCUCUCUCUUCUCCAACACUGUUCUUGUCUACUUCGAGGACAAGGGCAUGUGGACACUCGGAUUCUGGGCAUCCACUGUCUCUGCCGUUUUGGCUUUACUCCUCUUCCUUGUUGGCACGCCCAGAUACCGUCACUUUGCACCCAAAGGCAACCCUCUUUCAAGAUUCUCCCAAGUUCUUGUUGCUUCUGCCAGAAAAUGGAAUGUUCACCUCCCUUCAGAUGGCGAUGAUCAUCGUCUCUAUGAAAUCCAGGAACACGAUUCUAGCACCAGAAAAAUACUCCAUACCGAAGGAUUUAAAUUCUUGGAUAAAGCAGCCGUUAUUACAACAAAGGAGAGUGUCCGUGACUUAGAAGAGAGAAACAUUAAUCCGUGGCGUCUCUGCAGUGUAACUCAAGUGGAAGAAGUAAAAUGCAUACUAAGGCUUCUUCCAAUUUGGCUAUGCACAAUCCUCUACUCCGUAGUCUUCACUCAAAUGGCCUCUCUAUUUGUAGAGCAAGGCGCCGCCAUGAGAACCAACAUCGCCGGCUUCCAUAUCCCUCCAGCCAGCAUGUCCAGCUUCGAUAUCCUCAGCGUUGCAGCCUUCAUUUUCAUCUACAGGCGCAUUCUCGACCCCCUCAUUGCCAGCCUAAAGAAAACGCGUAGAGCACAAGGCUUCACCGAGCUCCAAAGAAUGGGAGUGGGGCUUAUCAUAGCCAUAAUGGCAAUGGUAGCAGCCGGGAUUGUGGAACAUUUCAGGCUAAAAUAUGCAAGCACUGAUUGCCCCCGAUGCCCGAGCUCCUUGAGCAUCUUCUGGCAAGUACCGCAGUACGUGUUGAUUGGGGCGUCCGAGGUUUUCAUGUACGUUGGACAACUCGAAUUCUUCAACGGGCAGGCCCCCGAGGGGUUGAAGAGCUUCGCGAGUGCGCUUUGCAUGACAUCCAUAUCACUGGGGAACUAUGUGAGCAGCUUGCUAGUGAGCAUUGUGAUGAGAAUUUCGACUACUCAUAGGAUGCCUGGAUGGAUACCUGGGAACCUCAACAAGGGUCAUUUGGAUAGAUUUUACUUCCUAUUAGCAGCCUUAACAACAGCUGAUUUCGUGGUCUAUAUUCUAUGCGCAAAGUGGUACAAGUACAUAGAGUUUGAAGAAAGAAACUCAUGUUUAAAGAAUAUUGGGGAUAGCAAACUGCAGGAAGAUCGAUCUACAUUUAAUUAGUACUUGAUUAGGUGAGUGCUAAUUACAGAACUUUUCCUUUGGUUUUUAUGAGAGGGGUAAUAUAUAUGAUGCUAAAAUAAAAAAAAAAAUAAGGGUAGAUCCAAAUGAGAUUAUAUAUAUAUUAUAGGAAGAGAAGAGUGCAAGGAAGCUAGAGAAAUGUGUAUUUUCGCAUUGUCUAAGCAGAGCACCGGAUGCUUUGAGGGUUGCAUUUCUGGUAGAGGAUGCAUGGCUGACAGAAGCUUCAAUUCUCAAAACUCAAUGAUAUGUAUUCUGAUUAUUAUUCAAUUCUUUGCUUUUAAUCUUCCUAAUAUAAUCUUUUAGUCA